AUGGCUUCUUCAAUCUCCAACUUCUCUUUGAUUCAUCAAUCAAGGCUUUCUUCUUCUUUCCACAAAUUCCAUAGCAGAAAUGCAGCUGCACCAAUUCUGUACAGAAAUGGACUUCCUUUUAAUCCAAAAGCAAAGCUGGAUGUCUCAAAACUGUCAGAAAAGAUGGUUUCAAAACCUGUUGAGUUUUCUGGCAAGAACUUGAGAACUCCUGGUUUCACUGAAAUCUUGAAGAGCAGGCCCCAUUCCUCGCAAAUUUUCACCCCAAAAGCCACAGCUGCUGAUGCAGAGAGUUCCCAUGUCAAGAGCUUUUCAGAGAGAUUCCCAGCUCUCGUCACUGGUUUCUUUUUCUUCACAUGGUAUUUCCUGAAUGUCAUAUUCAAUAUACUAAACAAGAAGGUCUACAAUUACUUCCCCUAUCCAUAUUUUGUCUCUGUUGUUCAUCUUAUGGUUGGAGUAGCAUAUUGUCUCGUUAGCUGGGCUGUUGGUCUGCCAAAGCGUGCUCCAGUUGACAGGGAGCUCUUAGGCCUUCUCACUCCGGUAGCAUUUUGUCAUGCUCUUGGACACGUUAUGUCCAACGUAUCGUUUGCAGCUGUUGCUGUAUCAUUCACACAUACCAUCAAAGCCCUGGAACCAUUUUUCAGUGCUGCAGCUUCACAAUUUGUUUUAGGACACCAGAUUCCAUUGUCUCUGUGGCUCUCACUAGCCCCUGUUGUGAUUGGAGUAUCAAUGGCGUCAAUGACAGAACUUUCUUUCAACUGGACUGGCUUCAUUAGCGCAAUGAUUUCGAAUAUUGCAUUCACCUAUAGAAGUAUUUACUCAAAGAAAGCAAUGACAGGAAUGGACAGCACAAACGUCUAUGCUUACAUUUCGAUAAUUGCACUCCUGUUUUGCCUUCCACCUGCAAUACUUAUUGAAGGUCCCCAACUAAUGCAGCAUGGAUUCCAAGAUGCAAUUGCUAAAGUUGGCGUCUAUAAGUUCUUGUCUGACCUAUUUUGGAUAGGGAUGUUCUACCACUUGUACAAUCAGGUAGCUACAAACACAUUGGAAAGGGUAGCACCACUUACACAUGCCGUUGGAAAUGUGUUGAAACGAGUCUUUGUAAUUGGAUUUUCCAUUGUGGUGUUUGGUAAUAAGAUCUCCACACAGACUGGGAUAGGCACCGGAGUAGCCAUAGCAGGCGUUGCAAUCUAUUCGCUUAUUAAGGCAAACAUGGAAGAGCAACGACGUAAAGCUGCUCAAACUCAUGCAAUGUGAUGCUCUUCAACAAGUCCAACCAGAAGAAAAAAUGAUUGCAAUAAGAUGAAUAUUCUGUGUCUUGUUUAAAGAGAACAGAAAAGGCAUAGGAGACAUGAUGCAUUCACAGUUUCUCCUGCAAAUUUGGAUCAUUCGCUGGUAACUUACUCAACCAUUCAUUCAAAAUUUGUGAGCAUUAUCUCACCAUUUCUCAUUAAACAGCGGCGGAGAUUUCUAUCAUUUAGAAACGAAAGGCACUCAAAGUGAUUACAUAGCUUGCGGAAAGUUCAUCAACUUUCGAUUUCCAACAAAAUACCUAAUAAUAAUUUGGAAAGUAAA